AUGCCAUAUGAAAUUUUUGGCAUUGUAUUUAUAAAACACAAACUUCGUGGCUGGUCAAGUUCACAUGCUUCCCUCCCAGAACAAACCAACCAUGGAGAAACCUUUCCUGACACACAAUUCUGGAAGCAGGCUGUUGAUCCUAUCCUUGCUUAUGACCCUUUUGCUUCACUGAUGAUGGUACUGAGCAACAUUAUUCUCUAUAUGGAAUGCACGAUUACAUGCUAUAGCAACUGCUACUUUGAUGUAUCUUGCUUUGGUGAUUGGAUUCUUAAUGAUGUUUGCGAGGUCAUUGGAAGAUCGGAACUUGCACUGAAGUAUUUCUUUUCAGACUGUAUAGAUUCUUCUCUGUAUCCAAAAGAUAUGAUUCGUAGGUUAACCCUUCCAUAUCUACGAAGGUGUGCAUUGCUUUGGCAAUUAAUCCAAUCUUCCAACUUAGCUCCUUCAUGCAACAGUUCUUAUACUGGGAAAGGACAGAUUUCUAGCAUGGAUAACACUUCUGUCAUUGAAAAUUCCUACCUUGCAAUUGAACUAACCAGUCUAAGGGAAUUAGAGAAUAUGUUCCAAAUUUGCACAUUGGAAGUGAUUCUUCAAGAUGAAUUUGUUCGCAUCUUGGCUAAAAAGUGGUGUCAACAUUUUUGUGGGAAGUUCAAAGUUUGCAAAUAUGAGCAUUUUUAUUAUUGCUCACCUGCAAUUCCAUUUAAGUUGAUGCAAUUACCUCGGAUUUAUGAAGAUCUUCUGCAGAGUUAUGUAAAGCUACAGUGUUGUCAUUGCAAAUCUAUUCCAGAUGAGCCUGCACUAUGCUUGCUGUGUGGCAAAUUAUGUUCUCCAAGCUGGAAAUAUUGUUGCAGAGAGAACAGAUGCUUAGAGCAUGCAAUGACCUGUGGUGCUGGUAUUGGUGUAUUUCUGUUGGUCAGGAAGACUACAAUAUUAUUACAGAGAUCUGUGCGUCUGGCCUUUUGGCCAUCUCCAUAUUUGGAUGCCUAUGGAGAAGAGGACCUUGAUAUGGCCCGGGGAGAGCCCCUGUAUUUAAAUGAGGAUCGCUACAAAGCACUUGCUUAUAUGGUGGCUUCUCAUAGUUUUGAUCAUACUUCUGAAAUACUUCACCAAGCAGCUAUUGGUCUUUUGGUUGCUGAUUAGUGAUUCUGCUGUGUUCUUGAGUCUUGACCUACUUUUUUUUCAAGUCAUCUUUUCUCAUAUGUUGAAAGCUCACAAAUCCUCUUUGUUUGCACAUGAUAAAAUACAAUGCAAGAUAAAUUGGCAUCCUUGUCACUAUAGAAAGAACUUGGUUACAGUGGAUAGGUGGAAUACUGUAUAGAUUCAUAGGCAAUGAUGUACAGCAUUCACUCAGUGCUUUCAUCAGUUACUGGAAUUGCAUUCUCUUGAAGAUCAGCUGCAUUUGUCCUGGUGUUUCUCUUUGAGCUUCGGUGAUCGAAAAUCUAUCAACUUGAUUAAUCAGCUUUUAUGAAAAUGUCCCUGAUGUAUUUAUUCUGUUUUAUGUUUUCUUUUGAGCUAGUAACUUGGUAAGGGACAGAGUAAACCAUCCUUCAAACUUGAAGGAGAUAAUAUGUAUAUUAUAUGAGACUUCCCAUUCUGAACUCUUUUUUUCUCUUGUUUCUUUACAUGUUUAUAAUAUGAAAGGGAAGAGUAUGAACUCUAGACUUUGUAUUUACAAAACAAUAAAACAGAAAUC